AUGGCGGAAGCGGAGCCUUCUGUUGACCCCGCUGUCUCCGUUGGGAAUGCGCAUGCGCCGAGCAGUGCAGACGCCCAGAAACUGUCCUCUGUGGCGAAGCACGCGUGCGAUGGAGAGGGGAAGGAAAGCAACGAAGCCUCGCAGGCGCGGCCAGGUGUGGAGACCGUCGAAAUGGGCCGCUUGGGCAGCGCUGCGGAUCAGGAGGCAGUGAAGACCUCUGCGCCGGCAGAAGGAAAGAUGGAGGGAACGAGCAGAGGUGACGCCCCAGGCGACGCGUUUGAGAAUCAAGUGUGUGGUGAACACCCACCCCCGGAGGCUGCCAAGUCUCUUUCCCCUUGCCGCGAGAUGGGAGUUUCCUGGACAGAUAUCAACUUUGAAGCACGUGUGCGGAAACGGCGCACAGGAAUUCUUGGACUUCCUCCCUUUUGCGACAUUCUUAACUUCGUCGACGCUCUCAUGCAAAAGGCCCCGCUGAAAAGAAUCUUGUGCGGCGUGAGCGGAGAAGUUCUUCCCGGCGAUAUGGUCGCGUUGAUGGGUGCGAGUGGAGCGGGAAAGUCGACGUUGUUGAACAUUUUGAGCCGGCACGUGCGGGAGACAUCGGGAGUGGUAAAGUACGGAGGCGCCCAACUGGAGUUGAAGGAGGCAAAGAAAGUUUCGUGCUUCAUUCAGCAAGAAGAUCUCUUUAACGGAUUCGUCACUGUUCGGGAACAUCUCCAGUGCAUGGUUCGACUCCGAACAAACUUGAAGUUGGCGGAGCGCGAGGCUCUCGUCGAUCGCCUGCUGGUCGCCUUUGGUCUCUCGAAGGCGGCGAAUGCAUGCAUCGGCAAUCUUCAGAUGGGGGCUCGAAGAGGCAUCAGCGGCGGCGAGAAGAAGCGCCUGAGCGUUGCGUCAGAGAUUGUGACAAAUCCGUCAAUUAUUUUCGCCGACGAGCCUACGACUGGUCUCGACUCGUUUAUGGCCGAAGCAGUCAUAAACGUCUUUGAGUGUCUCGCGCAAAACGGCCGCUCGAUCAUCUGCACGAUCCACCAGCCGAGCACUACGGUCUUUGAGAAGUUCAACAAAGUUAUUCUGCUGGCGGAAGGCCGCGUGAUCUUCUCCGGCGACCGCCUCGCCCUUCCGGUGUAUCUCUCUCGCGUGGGCAAGUCGAUUCCGCCCUACACAAGCGUCGCCGAUUUUAUCAUCGACAUUCUCUCGUCCAGCGAAGGCGCAGAUGCAACGCUGGACCUUGCCCAAGAGAUGGAGACGGCGUGGACUCAAACGGGCCGUCCCUUCAUGCGCGACUGGCACGACUCCCUGCGAGAACAGUAUUUGAUGAGACUCCAAUCAAAGGGACUCGCCGACAAGCUCGGCUGCGUUAAAAGCGAGAGGAUGCGGUUGGCUCUGCGUAGAGACGCCACCGAGGCGUCGGGGGCGACUGAGGAAACGAGUCUUAAGAAAGCGGAGCUUUCCGUUCGGAGCCACGCCAGCUGGGGGACUCAGUUUCGAGUUCUUCUCCACCGCUGUUCGCUCGCGAACAAAAGGAAUCCGCAGAUUCUGCAAGCUCGCAUCGGUCAGACGGUCAUCUCCGCGCUGCUGCUCGGCUUCAUUUUCUUUCGUCUUCGCAAAGGCGAUGCCAUCUCCAAAAACGGAGCUGUAAACUUCAUCAACCUCAAUCAGGGUAUGACAGGUCUUGUCGCCGUCCUGCAAACCUUCACGAGCGACAAAGUUGUGGCCAUCCGGGAGUACCGGGCGGGGACGUACAGCCUGGUUCCCUACUUCUUCGCGAAGACGUUCGCCGACAUCGGUUUCCAAGUCUUCAAUCCGGUCGUCUUCUUCACCAUCGCGUGGAACAUGAUGAACCUCAACGCGUCAGCCGUGCGGUGGCUAUGGGGCCUCGGCUUCAUUUUCCUGCAAACGAAUGCGUCCAUCUCGAUGGGCUACAUGAUCUCGUGCAUGAGUCCAGAUCUGGACGUUGCGCUCGCAGUUAUGCCCCUCCUGACGAUGCCGCUCAUCCUCGUUGCUGGAUUCAUGAUCAUCCUCGACUCGCUUCCCAAAUUCUGGAUCUGGGUGCCGUACCUCUCUCCAUUCCGGUGGGCUUUCUCCGGCAUCAUGCACGCCGUCUGGGAAGACGUCCUGCUCGAACCGUGCCCCGCCGACAUGCAUCCGCCGUCCUGCUACAAUUCCGGAGCCGAGGUCCUCCAGUACUACUGCCUUGACGGCGACAAAAUGUGGCUAAAUGCUCUCUACCUGAUCAUCAUGCUUGUCGGCUACCGCGCGGUCGGCCUGCUUGUCCUGCUCGGUUUGAAUCGGCGGAACUGA